AUUUACCGGUUUAUAUGUUAUUAUAAUCAACUUCCUCAAUAUGGCAUCUAAAGUACAAUCUCAAGCCAAAAUGUCUCAAAUCCAGCGACAAAUCCAACAAGAUUGGGCUAAUAGAGAGUACAUUGAGGUGAUGACUUGUAAUAUUAAGAGAAUUUCGGAUUUUCUGAACGCGUUUGAUUCUUCUUGUCGGGCAAAGCUGUCCACACUUAAUGAAAGAUUGACAACUUUAGAAAGGCGGGUCGAAUAUAUUGAAGCAAGAAUUAGUAAAGGUGAAAAUCUGUCUUAG